AUGAUUCAUUGGUCUGAAAGAUAAAAGCUGAAUUUUAAAAAUGAUCCAAAUGUCUUACAAACUCCCAAGAAAAGAUAGUACCCUGAAAGGAAUCUGCAUUAUGUUUCCAAUAAUUCUGUGCUACUACCUGAGAUUAAUUCCAACAACAUAUCAAUUAAUGAUCUAAGUUUCAAUGGUAAAGGCUAAGGAGUAAAUAGAUUAGGAGCAGGAAUAAGCAAUUAAAGAUCAAUUAAUAAUAUAAGAAAUUAAUAAACUUAUCAGUCGCCAAUGAAGUCUCGAAAUGAUGUAAUAAAGCCAAAUGAGAUAGAAGUAACACCUUAAUUCAAAUAGCUGAUGGAAUAAACAUAGCCAGCAGGGUUAUCGAGAAAUGACUUUGCUAUGACUUUUAACACAAGAAGAUAGCUUAAUUUGGGAAGCCAAAUUAUAAAUUAAAGAGAGAAAUUUCCAAAUUACAAUAUUCUGUAAGGCUUGAAAAGACACUAACUAGAUAAUGAUAGGAGUGUCGACAACAUCAAACAAUCACUGAAAUAAGGAUAGCACUAUAUUAAUAAACUUCAAUAAGACUAUAAGAGAGAAAUAAGUCUUAGUCAACUUAGGCCAAAUGGCACAGCAAAUCUUUUGAAAUUUAAUAACUAAAUAUAUGAGUUGCCCUCUUAUGAUCUUUAAGGAAAUCAACCUUAUGGAGCAGCACCAUCUGGAUUAGGAGAGUAAAGAGAUUACAUAGUAAAGCUCAAUCCUUAUUAUGACUACUCAGCAGAUGCAAAAUAUUAAGAACUAAAGAAUAAAGCUGAUCAAUCGAGUAUUCAAAACCAGAGCCUUAGAGCAGAGGAGUAAAACCAAGGUUGCUAUCAAGAUUAAAAUUUCAAUGGCAAACAUAGUAGAAAUCUGAUAGCAAGAAGAAAUAGUGAGCUGAUAAAAGGCAUUUUAAAUGAUUCCUAAAAUAUAAAGCAGUAAGAAAUGAACAGGAAGCUUAAUUAGACCAUGAUGGAAGAUAAAACUGAUUAUACUUUCAAUCAGGGUUUAGUGAAGGGGUAUAUUGAUAUUUAGGACUAAGAGAUGGACACUGAAGCUUCUACUCUCAAUAAAACACUAGAAAACUCAUUGGAUACCUAGAAACAGACAUCUCCUCCUAAAGUCAGCAAUGGAAAUGACUCUUUAAUUAGUAAAGCAGCAGAAUAAAGUAUUAAUUAAAACUCCAUUGAUAGAGGAAAUAUUAUAGGGCAUUCCUCUCAAAUUUAGUUUGAUGACUAGACAUAGACUCACAAUGAUUCCCAAUAAAAUCUAUAGAUUAACAACAGCAGGAGGCAGCUAGGCAAUUAAUUAGAAGAGAUUAAUGAUCCGUUUUACAUAGAACAGUAGCGUAGACUUGCUAAACUUAGACAAGCUUAAAUGAAGCAAGAUUAAAUUUUCCAAUAGCAUCUUUAAUGA